GCUCGCUCGCCGCUGUCGGCGUCGCCUGCUGGCUCCAAUGCCUCGUGGCAGCUGGAUACCACUGCAAGCACGCCUCUCAAACUGCCAAGCACAGAUGGCGACAUUGAGAUGUGCGACGCCUCCUGUGCAACAUCGCCCUGCAUAGUUGUUUCUGCGCCCGCAGCCGACCCCGAGCCCGCAAUAUGCUUUGGGGCAAUCAUACGGUGCCCCUUUGAGGGGGGCGACAAGUCGGGCGAGGGAUUGGAUUGUCAAGUCAAGUUGGAUCGAUCCUUUCCUCGUGCCUUGCUACCCAAAACGGGCGAGUUACGAGCAUCUGCCCGAGCAGAGCCUGGCUCCACGAACCCCCACAUGGUCCAUACGGUCGAUGGCAUUCAACUGGGGAUUCUUGACAUCGUGACAGGGCGACUUCUCAAAGCGCUUGACGGCAUCGAUGGCAUCUCGUUCCAGGUCGUGAUUCGAUCGGCAGACGCCAGGAGGGCAAAAACUAAAGGGAUAUUCCCCGUCUCCAUCAAUAUAUUAGGACCUGAAAGCUGCAUAGACCUGGUCGGUGACAGGUUAGCGUCUCUGAACGCGUACUUGCAGCAUCCAUACGCCCUGGACAGAGACGUUGAGUACCUGAACCCCCAUUUCUUUCAGAAGAAACGGAAGUACAUUACCCGUUUAGUGGGUGUCGUCGAAGAUUCGCCAGCAAAGGUGCUAUCGGACGAGAUUGAGGGUGUUAUGGCCUCUCUUUCAACAGGUGAUCUCUCUGGGAACGCCGAAUGCCACGACAUCGCCACCGAGCUGAAGCCACAUCAAAGACAGGGCAUCGAGUUCAUUCUCAAACGCGAGGACCCACGGCACUGCCGCGGCAUGAAUGAGGUUUUUUGUGUCAGCAUUAACGCCGGUAGAGGCAGCGCCGGGGGAGCGACGGGCGGUAUCAUUGCUGAUGUCAUGGGAAUGGGGAAGACAUUAACCACCAUCUCUGCCAUUGUGGCCACCAAGCUGGAAAGCAGGCGUUUUGUCGCCCUAGACCCGAGGCCUCUCGAGGGCCGCAUGCCCGGGCCGACACUAGUCAUCCUUCCAUCUGUCCAGCUGAUGAGCGUGUGGCGGACUGAAAUCCAGCGGCACGUCAAGGCCGAGGGGCGAAUCGUGGUCUUGGAUUACCACGGACCCAAGCGAGACAGAUCCGCAGCGAAACUUCUGGAGCGUGGAAGCGACAUCGUGCUUACAACCUAUUCGACGGUUGUAGAGGACCACAAGAGGAGCCAGAGCGCGCGAGUGUUGCACAGCAUAGAAUGGUAUCGCGUUGUGCUUGAUGAAGCCCACUGGGUGCGCAACCCUUCAUCCAAACGGUUCAAGGCGGCCAAAGCCCUCACGAGCCAGCGCAGAUGGUGCCUGACCGGAACGCCAGUGCAAAACUCCUUGAAUGACCUCGCCGCCCUUGUCAACUUUCUCGACAUCCAGCCAUUUGCGCAAAUGUCCGAGUUUAAGUCUCAUAUCUUGGAGCCGUUGGGGAACGCAGGUAACCAGGACCGCUGCCGCAAUCUGAGAAACCUCUUGAGAAUGAUCUGUUUACGUCGGAGCUCGAAAUGCCUGCAUCUUCCCAAGGCAGAAGAAGAGGUCAUUUACAUUGACCAGACCGAGGCAGAGAAGGAAGAGCGCAGGCUUGUUGAGAAGGAAUGCCUGAAGCGGAUGGAAAGGCUUGUAAGCGGCAGCGGCGGCCGGGGCUCGUCCGCCGAGACCAAGAAGUAUAACAUCAUGUUCGACGUGAUGAUGCAGCUGCGUCGGCUCUGCAACAACGGCACAUUCCGGAGAUCAACCGGAGCCGGGACCAGCUACCCCAGCUCGACGGAUCCUGCGAUCAAGAACGCGGCCGCCGAGGACCUGGACAAUGGCCCAUGCGAGCAGUGCGACGGAGGCGAGCUGGCUUCCACAGGUGAAGAAUACUGCUCCAUGUGCCAGCGGAGGGUGGGAACGGCGGCGCCGACCAGCAGGACAGCAACGCCGAGAUCCGGGACAUCGCCUGGUGUCUUGGACGUCGAUAUGCUGCAGCCAACCUCUCCGCCGGCAAUGGGAUGGUCCGGCCAGUCAUCGAAGCUGGAGGCGGUAGUGAGCAACAUUGCGAAUGGGUCACCGGGUGAUAAAAACAUCGUCUUCUCCUCCUGGACUUCGACUCUCGACAUCCUGGAGCACCUGCUCCAACUCAGCAACAUACGCUGCGUGCGUAUAGACGGGAGGGUCAAGGCGGAGGCCCGGGCCGACAUCAUCAAGACGUUUAGCGAUGACCCAGAAAUCCCAGUCAUCCUGUUAACCAUUGGGUGUGGCGCGGUCGGACUGACAAUCACGGCCGCGAACCGCGUGCACAUGGUCGAGCCGCAAUGGAACCCCUCAGUUGAGGAGCAGGCGGUCGCGCGCGCCGUGCGCAUGGGCCAGGAGCGCGAGGUGGCCGUGCUGCGAUAUGUUGUCAGAGGGUCGGUCGAGAAGAGCAUCAUGGACCUGCAGAAGAAGAAGAGCAACCUGGCCAGGUUCACCAUCGAUGGCGGAGAUGACAAGAUGUCGGGGAAGCUUGAUGAUCUACGAUUUUUGCUCCCCGAAGAGUGCCAGCUACCACAGAUCCCCCAGAGCAAGAUGAAGAAAAAGGAUUAAUGCCUAGUUAUUACUACUACGCGACGCUGCUUUGGGUGGGCGGAACAGACUUUGUACAGAAUUUAAUCAUAACAUCACGCUCGUCAGUCAUUACCAGAUACCAUUGUAACCCUCAACACAAGUCCAGCUGCUCGCC